AUGAAAGCUUACAGAUCGCCUUGUUAAUCUUUCCAUACUGUUAGAACUUCAUAAUGUAAUUUUGCUACUCCAGAGAGAUUAGUAAAAGUAUAAACAAACUCAGGAGUUAAAUGUAGUCCCUUUUAAAAAAAUGAAAAUUAAUUCAAAAAUUACCAAUCUAACACUGUAGUAAAGAAAAAAGAUAGUACAAACCUAUAUGAUUAUAUAAGUGAACUAGAAUAAAGUAGAUAUGUUAUAUUAGCUAAAUAGAAAUCAAUAAAUUAGAGCAAAGUUAAUGUAGGAAUGUAAAUAAUAAUUAUCCUGAAAUUUUAUAACUAGAGAAAAGAAUGUUAAUAUUGCUAAAUGAAAAUUGCGAAUUGAAGAGUGAAGCCCUUAUGAAUUAGAAAUUGGUUUAUGAAAAUGAACAACUUAAAUAAUUGGUUUAAGAAUAAUAAAUGAAAAUACUUGAAUUUGGAGAGCAAUAUAACUUGCUUUUUGAUUCUCAUUAAAAGGUUUGUGAGGAAUAUAGAAUUUUAGAAUCUAAAAUUUAAACUUAUGAACUCACAAUGUCUAUACGAAAACAUUCAAGUUUUAGUGAAUAUUUUAAGACUUCUGAAUGA